AAUAAAAAAAAAUACACAAACAAAAAAACAAUCAAAUCAAAAAAAAAACAAAAAAACCAAAACCAAAAACUUGUGUUGUAGGCUCUAAGGCGUGGCAUAUGCGCCUAACAUUUGAGCGGCUAUCUGGCGGCUGCAAUUUACAUCGUUGCAAAUUAUGCGGCAAGGUUGUCACACACAUACGGAACCAUUAUCAUGUGCAUUUUCCGGGACGGUUUGAAUGUCCACUCUGCCGUGCAACAUACACGCGCAGCGACAACCUCCGGACGCAUUGCAAAUUCAAACAUCCAAUGUACAAUCCUGACACAAGAAAAUUCGAUAAUAUGCUAUCUGCCCAGUCACCAACGGCCACACAAAUUGCCGCCGCUUCCCAAGCAGCAAUGGCUGCAGCAGCGGCAGCAGCAGCUGCAAAUGCUUUUAAUGCAGCCGCAGUCCAGCAACAUCAACAACAACAGCAACAACACCAACAUCAACAGCAGCAACAUCUUAUGCAGCAACAACUUCAACAACAUCACAGCAAUUCAACAACCGAAUGA